AGGCUGCUCCGUUAUGUUCCGGUCACCGAGGUUCCGGGCGGUAGCGUUUAGGAAGUAGGCCGUUCUCUCCGGGAGGGCGACUUCUCGACCUUUGUGCUCCGUUCCUUCGGGCGUUUGGGGGCUUCCCCUACAUUAAAAAAACAAAAGUGUUUCUCCGUGACUGACGUCUGAGGCCCUCUGAGCACCUGAGGUUUGGGGCUGUUUGGUCACCGUCCGUCUCAGCCUCCUAGAGGGCGAAAGGAUCAGAGGAACCCCGUUCUGCUCACCGAUCUCCACGCUUGUGGGUUUCUUGGACUCGGGUCGGAGCUGAGUGGACCCGUCCCGCCUCCUGGGUCGCCAUGACCGCGUCCGUCCAGCAGCUGGCGAAGGAGCUGGAGAUCUUCGGCGUAGACUGCGAGGAGUCUCUGACUGAGAAAUUGGCAGAGCUGUGUGUUCUCUAUGGACAGAAUGAGGAGGAAAUGGUAGCCGAGCUUGUAGCCUUCUGCACCAGCACGCAGAAAGAUUGCUUUACCUCAGAGACCCUGAACUCUUUUGAGCAUGAGUUUCUGAGCAAAAGGUUGUCCAGAAUCCGUCACAGUGCCUCCAAGGACAGUGGACAUGCGGGAGCCAGAGACAUCAUUUCCAUACAAGAGCUAAUUGAAGUGGAGGAAGAAGAGGAGACCCUCUUGAAUUCUUAUACCACACCCUCUAAGGGUUCCCAGAAGCGAGCUGUCACCACCCCAGAAACCCCCCUGACAAAAAGGAGGGUGUCUACUCGCAGCCCCCAUCAGCUCCUCUCACCAUCGAGUUUCUCUCCAAGUGCUACUCCCUCUCAGAAAUACACCUCGAGAAAUAACCGAGGAGAAGUGGUUACUUCCUUUGGCUCAGCACAGGGAGUAUCUUGGUCCGGGAGAGGAGGAGCCGGUAUCAUCAGCCUGAAGGUCUUGGGGUCUCCAGAAUCACUAACUGAGAGCUACAAAUUCAUGUUCCAGAAGCUCCCAGACAUUCGAGAAGUUCUGACCUGUAAGAUAGAAGAACUUGGCAGCGAACUCAAGGAACACUACAAGAUUGAGGCUUUUACUCCUGUUCUAGUUCCCGCACAAGAGCCUGUCACACUGCUGGGCCAGAUUGGCUGUGACAGCAACGGGAAGCUGAACAACAAGUCAGUGAUUUUGGAGGGAGACCGGGAACAUUCCUCUGGUGCUCAAGUUCCAGUGGAUUUAUCUGAGCUCAAAGAAUACUCUCUGUUUCCCGGACAGGUUGUAAUUAUGGAAGGGAUCAACACCACUGGUAGAAAAUUUGUUGCCACUAAACUCUACGAGGGUGUGCCACUUCCAUUUUAUCAGCCCACUGGAGAGGAUGGAGAUUUUGAGCAAAACAUGGUCCUGGUGGCCUGUGGGCCGUACACUACAUCUGACAGCAUCACAUAUGACCCCCUGCUCGACCUGAUCACCAUCAUCAACCAUGACCAGCCGGACGUCUGCAUCCUGUUUGGCCCUUUCCUGGAUGCUAAGCAUGAGCAGGUUGAGAACUGUCUACUGACGAGUCCAUUUGAAGAUGUUUUCAAGCAGUGUCUACGAACAAUCAUUGAAGGGACACGAAGCUCCGGCUCCCACCUCGUCUUUGUCCCAUCGUUGAGAGAUGUGCACCAUGAGCCUGUGUACCCACAGCCUCCUUUCAGCUACUCUGAUCUGCCUCAUGAGGACAAAAAGCGAGUGCGGUUUGUGUCUGAGCCCUGCAGUCUCGCUAUAAAUGGUGUGGUCUUCGGCUUGACGUCCACUGACCUGCUGUUCCACAUGGGGGCCGAGGAGAUCAGCAGUUCUUCUGGAACUUCAGACAGAUUCAGCCGAAUACUGAAGCACAUCCUGACACAAAGGAGCUACUACCCGCUGUAUCCUCCCCAGGAAGACAUGGCCAUUGACUAUGAGAAUUUCUAUGCCCAUGCCCAGCUGCCUGUCACCCCAGAUGUCCUCAUAAUCCCGUCAGAGCUCAGAUACUUUGUCAAGGACAUCCUCGGCUGUGUCUGUGUGAACCCCGGGCGCCUCACCAAAGGACAGGUGGGGGGCACCUAUGGCCGACUCUACAUCAGGAGGCAGACCACGGAUGGGGAGAGGAGGCAGAGUCCAUGUGUUGCCUCCCAGGUGGUCAGGAUCUGAGGCCUUGGGUACUUUAUCGUCUCCCACUCUGCGGGCUCUCAAAGGCACCAAGAGCCCAGGAGCAGCCCUCUGACAAGAUCCUAACUGUUGCAAGGUGCAGGAGAGGAGGCAGCCGGCUGUGGGGAGAGGUUGUGGGGAGUGGGCCCAGCAGGGAAGGCACGUGCAGCUGCACGCUCCAGCUCCGAGUGAGCUCUGGGAGGACACUUUGGCUUCUGAUGUGCUGGGUGCAGAGUGAACUGGCUGUGGAUGCAGCAUACUCAGGAAAAGCAAGACAGCUUUGUGAUUUUCUACAUGAAUCAGACGCAGCCAACCUUUGGAGAAAUAAAAGUAAAUUCUGAGUGUAA